AGAUUUCUAGUGCACUCGAUUUUGGAAUUAGACUCGGACAGCACUAGAAAAUGGGGAAGGUACAUUUUUAGUGCACUAUGUAGUGAGCAGGAUCCGUGUAGAGUCUGUCCAUGCUCCGGGUCCCGCCCCCUAAACUUUGAUUGGUUGAUGAAGUGAAGCUCCAAGUUUGAAUUUCAAGCUGUUGCCAUCCGCCGAAAGACCGCAGGAGAUGACGGAUUUCAGGCUGUAAAUCCGACUCUGACGCUGUGGAAUCUUGUCGUGAGGAAGACUGGUUCGUUCUGGAAGUUCUGCUGGUUGAUCCGGGUCGGAAGAAAGACGACACUAUGACAGCUGAAGUGUAGAUGUUAAAGACCAGUGCAUUGGAACCAUGGCCCCCCCUUCCUCCAGUCGCCGCCGGAAAGACCAGCUACCACGCCGACGCCCCCCUUCAGCUCAACUCCAAAGUCCAGUAUCGACGAGACAAACUAGAGCUGCAACAAAGUCGUCUGCUUCACCCACUAAGACGAGAAGGUUCAGACCAGGAACCAGGGCUCUAAUGGAGAUCCGAAAGUACCAGAAAACUACAGAUCUUCUGAUCAGCAAGCGACCUUUCUCUCGAGUGGUUCGUGAGAUUUGCAUGCAAUUUUCCAAAGAAGAUCUGCGAUGGCAAGUUUUCGCUCUGAUGGCCCUGCAGGAGGCUGCCGAGGCGUUCCUCGUCCUGCUUUUUUCAGAUGCCAACCUGUGUGCCAUCCAUGCGAAAAGAGUGACGCUGUUCCCACGAGACAUUCAGCUGGCCAGGAGGAUCCGGGGGGUGGACAGCCUCUGAAAACCCCCAGAUAGAUGCUCUAAGACUCCCCCAACACAAACGUCUCUCCACAUUCCUGUCACGGCACUCGGUUGUGUUAACAGUGUCUGAGGCUUUUAUACCAGUUUUAUAACAAAUGUUUAGAUUGUAACUUUUUUAUUUCUGGGUUUAUUCUCUUUUUAUUCUCAGUUUGAAUUUAAAAAUAAAUCAAACAAAGUAGUUGUGUUUGUACUGAAUAGAUAUAUGAUUCUUUUUCAAGUGAUAUGUUUGAUCUGUCCUUUUAAAUCUGUGUAUUUUUCACUGCUAUAAAAUAAAUCAACUGAAAGCUAAAUGUAUAUUAAUGUAAAUUGGGUUUUUUUCCCCAAGUUUUCCUGAAGUGACAAAUAAAAAGCUUUGCAUUCA